AUGAAGUCCAUCGAGGAGCUGGGAGUUCACCAUUACGAUAUCUUGUGGGACAAUCCUCCAAAUAAUCAUACUAGGGGUUUUGGAAUGAAUAGUGAAGAUAUGUCUUCCACAUUACAUGUUUUUGAUGAUUUUGAAGAAGAAGAAGAAGAAUGGGAAGCCAUGAAAUGUCAUGAUGACGAGACCAAAUUUGAGGAAGAUAUCAAAAAAUUGAAAAUGCUCUAA